UCAGCUCCUGGGUUCAGAGCAGUGCCUGCUGCACAAUGACUGCCGACAACUCCACUGGUGACCUCCACGCUCCGGGGCCGCAGCUGAGCGUGAUCGACAUCAUUGUCAUCGCUGUGUAUUUUGCCUUGAAUGUGGCUGUGGGCAUAUGGUCUUCUUGUCGAGCCAGCAGGAACACAGUGAGUGGCUACUUCCUGGCAGGCCGGGACAUGGCAUGGUGGCCGAUUGGAGCCUCGCUCUUUGCAAGCAGUGAAGGCUCUGGCCUCUUCGUGGGACUGGCAGGUUCAGGUGCGGCUGGAGGCCUAGCUGUGGCAGGAUUCGAGUGGAAUGCCACAUAUGUGCUGCUGGCACUGGCAUGGGUGUUCGUGCCCAUCUACAUCUCCUUGGAGAUUGUCACCUUGCCUGAAUACAUUCAGAAGCGCUUUGGAGGGCAGCGCAUACGCAUGUACCUGUCUGUCCUGUCCCUGCUGCUGUCUGUCUUCACCAAGAUAUCGAUCGACCUAUAUGCAGGAGCCCUGUUUGUACACAUCUGCCUGGGCUGGAACUUCUACCUAUCUACCAUCCUCACCCUCACCAUCACUGCCCUGUACACCAUCGCAGGGGGCCUGGCCACUGUGAUACACACGGAUGCCCUGCAGACGGUCAUCAUGGUGGUGGGUGCUGUCAUUCUGGCAGUCAAAGCUUUCAAUCAGAUUGGCGGUUAUGGGCAGCUGGAGGCUGCUUAUGCCCAGGCCAUCCCCUCCAGGACCAUCCCCAACACCACCUGCCACUUGCCACGAACAGAUGCCAUGCACAUGUUCCGGGACCCCUCCACAGGGGACCUCCCAUGGACUGGGAUGACCUUCGGCCUGACCAUCAUGGCUACCUGGUAUUGGUGCACUGACCAGGUCAUUGUGCAACGAUCCCUGUCUGCCCGGAACCUGAACCAUGCCAAGGCAGGCUCCAUCCUCGCCAGCUACCUCAAGAUGUUGCCCAUGGGCCUAAUGAUCAUGCCAGGCAUGAUCAGCCGAGUGCUGUUCCCAGAUGAUGUGGGCUGCGUGGUACCAUCCGAGUGUCUGCGGGCCUGCGGGGCUGAGAUUGGCUGCUCCAACAUCGCCUAUCCAAAGCUGGUCAUGGAAUUGAUGCCCAUUGGUCUUCGAGGGCUGAUGAUAGCCGUAAUGAUGGCUGCACUCAUGUCUUCAUUGACCUCCAUCUUCAACAGCAGCAGCACACUCUUCACUAUGGACAUCUGGAGGCGACUGCGGCCCUGUGCAGGAGAGCGGGAACUGCUGCUGGUGGGACGGCUGGUCAUCGUAGUGCUCAUCGGUGUGAGCGUGGCCUGGAUCCCGGUCCUCCAAGGUUCCAACAGCGGGCAGCUUUUCAUCUACAUGCAGUCGGUGACCAGCUCCUUGGCACCUCCAGUCACCGCCAUCUUUGUUCUAGGCAUCUUCUGGAGGAGAGCCAAUGAGCAGGGGGCCUUCUGGGGCCUGAUGGCAGGGCUGCUGGUGGGCGCACUGAGGCUGGUCCUGGAAUUCCUGCACCCUGCGCCGCCUUGCGGUGAGGCAGAUGAGAGGCCAGCUCUCCUCCUAAGCAUACACUACCUUCACUUCGCCAUAGCCCUCUUCCUGUUCACCUGUGCUGUGGUGGCCGCUGGGAGCCUGCUGAGCCGGCCACCCCAGCAAAGACAGAUUGAGAACCUUACCUGGUGGACCCUACAUCGGGACCCCUCCUUAGGAGCCAAAGAAAGUGAUGGCCAAACACCCCAGAAACAUGCUUUCUGGGCCCGUGUGUGUAACUUCAAUGCCAUCCUCCUCAUGUGUGUCAACAUCUUCUUCUAUGCCUACUUUGCCUGAUCCUCCACUGCAGUAGGAAGGUGGGAGCCCCAAGUCCACAAUGCCAUCCUCAUUCCUAAGGUGGACAUGGAGGCUCAGGGGACAAAAUGUCCCCCAACUAUACUAGUCAGUGCCAAGUGACCGAUCAAGUAGAGCUGGAGCUCUGAAAACACAGGGGGAUCAUUUCAAAAGCAACACCCAAGUAGUUAGACAUGGGAAAUAAAAGCAA